AUGGAACCCGAUCUACGCACGGACUUCGAGUCUUUUCAAGCCCUGGUCCAGGCCUCGCUCGUCGACGUGACCAGAAGCGCUGGCCAGGUUGCAAACCAGGAUUUGAGCUUCCAUCGGUCUGCCAGCGAAAAUCUUUCCCGCUCUCUUGACCGUCAAAAUGCCCAUUUAUUGCGUCUAACUAACAAACUACUCAAGGCCGCGACCAAAGACACAGCCAUUAAAGCCCCUUCACUGCAAGAGCAGGAUGACAUUGAUGACAGCUGGCGUCGGAUAAUCGAUGUCGUGGACCAUCUUCUAGAGAAGACGGAUUCCGCUCUUGACGAGUUCUCCGGGGUAAUCAAGCGCCAGAGUCCUGCCAUGCAAGAUACACCACAGCCGUCCCCACGCUCGGUAAAUUCUCCCCGCCCCUUGCAACAAUGGUCCCGUCAAUCGUUGCCAAAGCCCCAGUUGUCAUUCGAGGUCAAGCCAGAUAAUUAUGCCACUGGAUCAUUCAGACCACUGUUGAAGACCAAACCACAUGCUAUAGUCCCACUUUCGGACUGCGUUGGCGACGCAGACACUGGGUACAAUCACCCUUACGCACGAGAGAUUGAAGAAUACACAUACCCUGCCUCUGUCAAAGAAACUCGACCUCCCAUCCCAUUCGCAUCUCCAAGCGAAUCGAAAGCUACAUAUGUCGACUCUGAAGAAGGCGUUGUGAAAAUGCUGGAGGAAUUGAAAUCUGCAGAUGAAAUUGCCAUUGACCUUGAGCACCAUGACCAGCACUCGUACAUUGGCAUUGUCUGUCUCAUGCAGAUCAGCACAAGAGACAAGGACUGGAUAAUUGAUACGCUGAAGCCCUGGCGCCAAUCUCUCCAGAUGCUAAAUGAGGUGUUUGCCGACCCUAAGAUCCUCAAGGUAUUUCAAGGCGCAAGUAUGGACAUCAUCUGGCUGCAGCGUGACCUUGGGUUAUAUGUUGUCGGCCUCUUCGACACGUUCUACGCCUCGACCGCAUUGCAGUUCCCAGCAAAGAGUUUAAAAUAUCUCCUCCAAAGAUUUGCGAACUUUGAGGCGCAAAAGCAGUUCCAGCUCGCUGACUGGCGUGUUCGACCUUUGCCUCAAGAGCUUCUUGAUUAUGCUAGGGCGGACACACACUUUCUCUUGAAUAUCUAUGAUCAUCUCCGUAAUAUGCUGGUUGAAGGCUCGACGCCUGAACACAAUAUGUUGGAGUAUGUCUUGCGGGAGUCUCAAAAAGUGGCUCUGCAAGUUUACGUCAAUCCUGUUUAUGAUGUCGAAACUGGCCGUGGUCCCGCUGGCUGGCUUGCACUCCUCAACCAGCGAUCCACCAGAUUCAGCAACGAGCAGUUCGCGGUCUUUCGCGCUGUCCAUGCGUGGCGUGACAACAGAGCCCGUGAUGCAGAUGAAGGCAUUCAGAAUGUCCUGCCAAACCGCUUCAUCUGGCAGAUUGCGGAAAACAUGCCAACCUCUCCGUACGGCUUCAGUCAAAGCUGUAGGGGCGGCAGCACUAAGCCUGUCAUGGACAAUGUCAUCGAGCUUAUUGAGGUUGUAAAACAGGCCAAGGCGCAAGGCAAAGAUGGACCAUCCAUGUACGAGUUCUUCGCUCAAUCGAACGGAGAUGCACCCGGGGUCAGUUCGACACCUCGUCGCCCUAGACAUUUGACCUGGCGAAAGGAGGAAACGACCAUGUCUGGAGUCGCCGCUACCCUGCAACAAAUGACUGCUGAUAAGAAGCAAGAGGGUGUCCCGGCGCCACUGGACUACCGGGGUUGCCCAGUUGAAGAACCAGUGGCUGCUAGAAGCGUUACUUCUGUUCUCUGGGGCAACGUUUCUCUACAGUUCCCUCAACCUUCCCCGGAAGUCAGCAGUGCGCGUGUAGCUCUGGCCUCAGUCUUACCCAUUCCGACCGCGUCGCUACAUGAAGGACAUGAAGGGGAUAACCAAGUUGCCGAGCCUGUUCCCCAGCCCUUGCUUGACCAAAACCAAACUCUUGUUGAUGCCUCACGAGGUGACAAUCAAGAAACAGUGGUGUUCACACUGGGCGAGCUUUCACGUUCAAAAAAGCGCAAGGUAUCUGACGCAUUACUAGACAAUACACCGGCAGUUCGGACCAGAGGACUCAACGGUGUCGCAACGCCUACUUCCAUAACCAGCACACCUCGAUCGCCGGCUUUUGGAUCCAGUUCGGCACCAUCACCAUCUUUCGCUCGCCCUGAGGACUCCUUUAUUGAGGCGCGACGCGCUAGUAAACGUCUUGCAAGAGAGGAGAAGCACGCUCUCAAAGCAUCAGAAGCACAAGCACAAGCCCUAGGGCAAGGAACCAAUCAACCAUUUGAUUAUGCUAAUGCAGCAUCCCUUCUGAAUUCUUCUGGCUCGGAUCUGGGUGAUAAUGAGAGCGGAGCAAAGCGCAUGAACCCGUUUGCGAAGGUCCUGGACACGAGCACUGGGGCAAGACAGAAUAAGAUGGGUAAAGAGCUUGCGGGAAAGAGUAUGACAUUCAAGUCCUAG